AUGGCAGAGAUUAUAGAUUUCGACUUACUGAAGAUCCUUAACUUCACCAGGGCAUGUUCCAGUAGAAAUUUCCCUGCCCUGUCUGCUAAGAGGCAAAAGAUCCAGAAUCAACUCUCAAUAGACAAUCUUGAUUAUAUAGAUGUCAAUGAGAACAUAAAAUCAAAUCAGUUUAUUCUGCCACAAUCUUUACCUUCAACUGAGUCGUCUUCUCCACUGGAAAGUAGUGAUAUCAGCAGAAUAACUAUCGCAGAAAGAUCUAUCUCUGUUGGUAACGGAUUUCCCUUAUCGCCUUUCCAAGAGAGCGAGUUCUUCAGCCAGGACAAUGGAUUCACACGAAGCACUACUGAUCCAAACAUAUACACAUUCGAAAGUUCUGAGGUAAGGCUUUUGUUUGCAGGCACUGACAUCCCAUUAAUAAUGGUAAAAAAUAAGACUAAAUAUGGGCUAAAAAAGACUGAACUAUUGCUUUCAAUGAAUGUCCUGGAAUUGGACUGGAGAUUAAUACAGAAGGAGAUACAUAUAGCAAGAGAGCUCCCACCGAACAAAAGACCGGAGAACUUGAUAAUUACUGGACCUAGUGUGUCUUUUUGGGUGCAAACAGAUGAUACAAAUGGAAGCGAACCGUUGAUAUUUGUAAAGUUGAACUAUAAGGUAGAGUUAUUGGAUCUGAUAUUCCAAUUGAAUACAAUUGAUCUUAUAUCGAGUGUUCAUGAAAUAAUAGGAUCGAACUCGGUCAUAAUACCCACAAAGUGCGACGAAUCAUUCACUAAUGUUGAAAUAAACCCAUAUGAUCCAAUAAAUCCACAAUUAUUUUACACUAGUAUAUCGGAGAACACUAUGAAACUUCCCCUAGUAGAGGAGCAAUUUGAUAUACCUGAACUAGAAACUCAACUAUUGAGAUUUCAAAGAAAGACCGUGAAGUGGUUGUUGCAAAAAGAGGGUGUCAAGUACGACAACUCAAGUAAUAGAUGUAAGCCUUUUGAUUUGAUUUCGCCGAGUCUAAGAGUAAAACUUGAAACGGCAUUGGAAUUAGAUGAAUACAAAGAAGACAGAGAUCUUGAUUUCGAAGUCCAUGUCGUUUUAUCAAAGUUGUGCUUUGGCUGGACCUUGAUACAGUUGAGUCACCAGACGUACUGGUUCAAUUGCUAUACUGGAAAUAUCAGCUCGAAGAGGAAUGUUUAUAAAACUCUACUCGACUACUAUGCUACUACGCAUUCCCCUACCUCCACAGAACAACUACCUGCUCAAGGGCUUUUAGCCGAAGAAAUGGGAUUGGGUAAGACAGUUGAAAUAACUGCUUUAGUUAUUUUAAAUCAGAGACCAAUAGACCAAAUUAAUAAGCCCGUACAAAUUACUUUGAAGCCCUAUGGGGACUUGAAAACAAUUCCCAAGUCUAGGACUACAUUAAUCAUAUCUCCGGAAUCUAUCUUACGGCAAUGGGUUAAAGAAAUUGUCCGUUUAGCACCUUCCCUAGCGGUUACUGUGUAUAAGGGUAUUGACAAAUAUCCUAAAUUAAACAAGAACCCUAACCUUAUUGCUGAAUACUUGAAAGGAUUUGAUGUAGUGUUCACAACUUAUGGAACCAUUUCGAACGAACUUGAAUACGCCAAUUAUAGCAGUACGAAGAAGAAGACUAGGUCUACGAAAAGAACACAUGUUUGGGUAGAUCCUGAUAACAGUAGCGUUGAAGGUGGUGUGGAUAUUGAUGGAUCUGAAGCUGAUGUUGACGAUGCACACAUGAAUGAAAUCGACCUACUCAAAGAGUAUCAGUCACUCUUCCAGUUGUCCUUACUGCUGAAGAAAGAUCCAGUUAAUGCAAAUCAAAAAAGUACUGACAAUCAAACAGAGACCGACUAUGAGAAGGCUCUUCAAGAUGAGAUCCAAUUGGCCAUAAAGCACAAUAGAGGACUACCUGAUAACUAUAGGAACAACCACCAUAGGGACUAUCAGACUCCAUUAAUGCUAAUGCAAUUUUGGAGGGUGGUAUUGGAUGAAGUACAAAUGGUAUCAUCAAGCGUAUCGAGAGCAUUUCAAAGUGCUGCUUUAAUCCCUAAACAUCAUUCUUGGGGAGUAUCUGGUACACCAAUCAAGAAAAACUUUGACGAUUUACUCUCAAUCUUGAAGUUCUUGAAGUUUCAACCUUUUGGUGAAGAAUAUUACUCGAAAGUCACUUGGCAAAUGUUAACUAAUACAAAUCGAAGAACCAACAUUCAUGGGGGAAAUCAAGAUUUUAUAAAGUUAUGGAGUCAAAUAGCACUCAGGCAUACGAAGGCAAUGGUUCAUGAUGAUAUCAAGUUACCUCCGCAAAAUAGAGUGUUGAUGUCUAUCCCGUUCAACCCGGUUGAACAGGAAAACUACAACCAGAUGCUUGAAGGUUGUCUCGCAACCAUUUGCUUAGAUCAAUAUGGAAACCCGGUAGUGGCUGAUUGGGAACCUUCUAGCACUAUCUUGACUCAUAUGAGGUACUGGCUUGUAAAAUUAAGACAGGUGUGCUGUAAUCCACAAGUCGGAAAUCUAAAUCUUAGCUCCAGAAGAUAUAAGUCCAGAAAUCAUUUAUUUUAUGGUAAAACUGGUCAAAACCUUGCGAUUCAGCUGUUGAAGACAUUAGAGAACGUUCUUGAUGAUAUGAUUGAUAGAGCACACGAACAAAUUACCGAGACCGAGAAGGAAAAGGUUCAACUAUACAUAGAUCUUGCCGAGUAUAAAGAUUACUUAUUAAUGCCAGAAGAUGCGUUGUUAACAUUGAAAGCCGGGGUUUGGGACGCAGAACGGAUUGUGUUCCGUUUAAAGAGAUAUCUUGAAAAAUUGAUAUCAGACUACAAGUCUGCUUUGAAUUCUAAUGGCAAUAAUAUUGAUACAUUAGGAGAUUCAGAUCAAUUGGGUUUGGAUAAUGAGAGUGAUGAUGAAUUUGAAAAAGUCAAUCGUACUAACGCUAAAAAACUCAAAUCAGGACCCCUUUCGAAAUACGAAGAUAAAAUCAAUGCUACACGAAUUAAGCUAAGAAUGUGGAACGUAACUUUGCAUAAGUACUAUUUUUUGAUUGCUUCCAGUCAUUUUCAAUGUUACGAUGAGGAAUAUCAAAAGAAGGUUCAAAAUGCUAAAUUCUCAAACUUGCUUAAGACUAUUCCAGGAAUUGAACAAAUGAAUAAGGUUGAUAAACUAAAAGAAAAUAUAUCUCCUCUUAUAUGUGGGGUUUCCACUGAUGAUUUAGAGCCUAUAGACUCAUUGGCUGGCUUUCAAGGUGAUAUGAAAUCUUCUACUGAGGUGCAUCAAUUUCAAGAGCAAUUCUUCUAUGGUUUAGCAGAAAAGGUUCGAGAAAAAAUCCUCGAAAGUACUAUUAAGGGUGUUUCCAAAGCAGUUAAAUAUAGAAUCACAUCGAGAGAACUUUACUACAAGGAUAUUAACGAAAUAUCUGAUAGUGGACAUCACCACUUACAGAAAAGCUCGAAGAAAUUGUUCAAAUGUAUCCCGUUGAUUGAUCUUGAAUCUUUAGAGGAUAAUAUCCUUGGAAUGAGAGCGAAGAUAUUUUUUGACCACGUUAAUAUCUUAGCAAAACAAUUAAAUGAGCAAGCUAAGGUUCUAAAUGAAUGGAUGGAAGCAUUAAUUGCCAUACUUUGUAAGCCAUUACUUAUGCAUGAUAAGACACCUGAUGGUGCUGAGUACGAAGAGUCCAUUGAUGAUCAGGACAAAGUGUCUUGCUAUUUGCAUGUUCUUUCUGGUUUAAUUGCUGAUAGAUCAGAAUUUGUUUUGGGGACUGAAUUAUCAAAUAAAUCUUCGACUUUCAAGAAACAGCAAGAAACAUUUACACAAGAACUUAGUAAUGUGAAUAAUCGUGAGUUUUUGAAGGAUCUUCAAGACAAGAGAGAGCAAUUCAAACCCAAACUGAGUAAUACCUUACAAGGAUUGGCACUAAAGGUUUCUAGUAUUGAACAAGAACUAUAUGGAGGUGAAGAUGAAGAGAAAAAUACAGAUACUACCAACUUGGGAAACCUUGAAAGUGAGCUUUUCCUGCAAUUUAGUAGAAGAGUUCGAAUGAUUUUUGAAAACCAAAAACUUGCUGAAGUAUUAAUUCAAAAGGAACUUGUAAAUUGUAAUUCAGUGUUUAAUAGCAGGAUUGAAUACUUCAAGCAAUUACAGCAAAUUUCAGAUAGUGUUAGAUCAUCUUAUAACUUCGAAAGAGAAGUUGACGAAACUCUAAUAACACCGUUAUGUUAUGGAUUUGUGGACUCUAACCGAGAACAGGAAGCAAAGUUAACAAAAUCAAUUGCAAAAUAUAGAUAUCUUCAAUCUUUAGUGAAGAGUGGUGACAACUCGGAUACUAAUGCAUCAAACGAUGAGGAUGAUUUAAUGUGCACAAUUUGUCGCUCAUCUAUUACUAUUGGAUCUUUGACGCAAUGUGGACAUAAAUAUUGUAAAGAUUGUCUUGAGCAUUGGUUAUCAAAUUCCAGAACUUGUCCAAUGUGUAAAGCACAUAUUAGUGAAAUGACCAUAUAUAAUUUCACACAUCAUAGACCGAACCUCAAAGUCAAUGCAGUGCAUGAUGGCGAACUGGGUGGAGGUACCAACGGAAAUGCAAACGGGGAACCUUCUGGUGAAGAUGAUUUAAUUCAGAGCAACCUUACGAACUUGCAUUCUAUUUAUAAAUCUAUCGAUACUGAUAUUGUCGAGAGUAUACAGCGAAUAGAAUUAAAAACUUCAUAUAGUUCCAAAGUUGACAUGAUUAUCAAACAAGUACUAUACUUAAAGAAUAAGGAUCCUGAAGUGCAAAUUGUAAUAUUCAGUCAAUGGCAAGACUUGUUGUAUAUAAUAGGUACUGCUUUAAAAAAUCUGAAUGUUUCCUACUUAGCAUCUCAUGGAACUUUUACACCCGAAAUGGGAGGUGGUAGAAGGAGAUAUCAAUAUGAUAGCGUAGAGGAAUUUAAGAGAUCUGGUUCUGAAAUCACUUGCUUUUUGUUAAAUGCCAGGGCACAAGCCAGUGGGUUGACUUUGAUAAAUGCCACUCAUAUAUUUCUUUGUGAGCCAUUGGUUAAUACUUCAUUGGAAUUACAAGCUAUUUCCAGAAUUCAUAGAAUUGGUCAAUCAAAAGAGACCACUGUCUGGAUGUUUGCUAUUGAAAAUACCAUUGAAGAAAGCAUCGUUCUUAUGUCGACCAACAAAAGACUACAGUACUUUGAACAAAAAAAGCCGAACGCACUCACUGAGAUUGAUGCUAAUAGUGAUGAGAAGGAUUUAUCAAAAGCCGAAUCCAUGACAAUGACUAAAAGUGGUGGGAUUGACACCUUGGUGAAUAAGAACCUGGUUGAAGGUGAACUAGUUACAAAUAGCGACUUGUGGAAUGCCUUCUUCAGUGCAACUGCAAAAAAGAAGUCUAAACAAAUUAUUAGCAAAUUCACUUGA